UAUAGUAUUUAUCACUGAUGUUUUCAAAAGGAGAAAGAGAACAUGCAAACCUGAUGUUUUAUUAAUCAAAGCAAAUGUACAAAGGGAAUACAUGUUCUACUGUAGAAUCCUCCCAAUUAGCCCUUCAAAUAAGUGCUACACUGUCUGUGAUCCUGGCAGUCCAACCACAUUGGUCCUCACUACAAACUCAUCUGGUCCUGGAUCCAUGGCAAAUCUCCCUUAACAAUUAUACAAAACAAUGCCAAGGCCUCUUAGCACACUUACCCACACUUACCCACACUUACCCACACUUACCCACAGGAAACCUACAUUCACUACCUGCUGACAACUGCCGCUAAAACAUGCCAUUGUUGCUUUGCUAAAAGACACACAAUGAGCUUUUGUUACAAAUUUCAGUUAAUUGCCUCUGGAGGGGUUAGAUAGAUGCUAUGAUCAAAACAUCCUCAUGAGGAGAGUAGGGAGAGGGAAGGUAAUGCAGUCCCUCUCUGAUGAGGUCAUAACAACCCCAAUCUGCUUUGUGUGUUAAUGAUGCAACAGCCAGACAUUUUUGGACACUCAUUCCCUUAGUGAAUGGUCGGUUGUCUGUGAGUGGAGGAAGAGUCCAUCAUGAGAAAAGAGAGAUAGAGUGAUACAUAGAGGGGAAAGAGAGAGGGGAGAGAGGAUCCAGGCAGAGGACACUGUAGCUACCUAGCUAGUGCUGUGUCUUUAAAACGCCAGGCCCCUCCUCCCUCCACACAGUCAGAGCGGAGCAGCAAAGCAAGUUGUGCUGGCAAUAGCCUGAGCCUCACGAUAAACCCUGGCAUCAGCCUGCCUUCAUCCGGCAGUCAGCGAGGACACUUCAGGGCGCAGGGGCAGAGAGACGGGACAGAGAGAGAGUGAGACAGACAGAGAGAGAGAGAGAGAGAGAGAGAGAGAGAGAGAGAGAGAGAGAGUGUCGUCAGGAGCAGCCCCCAGAGGGCUCUGACUGAUACAGAUCCUCUCCACAGCUCUGUUCGCAGUAGCUCUUUCUGCUGUUUCCCGACGCCGGCAGGGUUGAUGAGGAUGGCGGGUGGCUUCUUCCUUUCCACAGCAUCGUCACUAGAGCAACGGUAGCAUCAGCAUCUACAGCAGCAACAGUUUCAGCCUCAGCAUCAUCAGUAGCAGCCGGAUCUAUACUCUGCUGCUGGUCCCUAUUCUUCAGCCGCCUCCUCUCUCUGGUGUCUAAGAGUGCUGCUGUCAGGGCCGUUCAGCCCACCUCCUCUUCCGACUCCUCCUGCCUCCUCCUCCAGCCUGCCUCCUCCUCCAUCCCGCCUCUUCCUCCACAUCUCCAUCCUCCACAUGCUCUCCCUCCUUCCUUCCGCUGAGACACGGCACUGAAUGAAUUCUUCACCCUCUGACUGGAGCUGCUUUCUCUGGGAAGACAUGCUGCUGAGUCUAGAGAGGAGAAAAGAGAGAGGGAACGAGACAGAAAAAGAGAGAGAGGAAGAAAAAAAAAACUGCUUUCCUUUCCGUCUCUCCAGGUGUCAUGUGUGAUUGGCCAGCUUGCCCUCUGGCAGUAGCAUCAGCCUGGAUUCAGUGUGUGUCUCACCCCCCUGCCUGUGCCUGGGCUCCGGCUGUCCCUGGGGACGCGCUACUGGGAUUUACCUCUUACUGCUGGAUGGAGAUGGCGCAGGGCUUUCUGCCUUAACUGUUCACAGAAGGAGAAAUACACAGAUAAACAGAAUAAGGAAAUAUAAUGAAUCAAUCAGCAGCACAACCAGGCAGACUACUGGAUUCCCUUAGCAACAACUCAAGGAGAAUAAGAGAGAAGUGAAUUGUCUCUUCCCAUCUUCUCUGGUGUCUGGUUUCUGGGCGCAACCCUGCAGACCAGAGUGGACCAACAGUCGGAUCUGAAAGAGCAGGACAAGGGGCACUGCAAGGGCACGAAGGACACGCAAGUCACCCUAACACCAGGGGAAGGACCCUCCUCUUCCACCCUCUCUUUCACCUCCUCCUGUUCAUCACCAUGUUGGUUUGUCAUUCUUCCCCUACACAUUCUAUUCAUUAGUCACAUUUUACUCGCUAAGACAUCCGUUUAUCCUCAUUCCUGCCAACUGGAAUAAGCCCUGCCACUGAAGAAAAUAUUGGACAUUCUUCGCACACACACAAACAAGCACAGAGAGACUCUCCCCCUCCUCCUACCUUCCUUCCUCCUCUCUUUGACGAGAAAUGAACAACACAUGUCGGUCAUCAUCUGAGCAUAAAAUGGAUGUGUGCAGAAGUUGCUUUUGAUGUGGGCUAUUUCUUUAUUCCUUCAAGAUUAGUUUAUUCUCCCAUCACUUCUGAGAGAAAAGGAACACUGCACAGCAGAGGACACAGGAGGAAUAUCUCUUGUUUUCAAAAGGAUUUGUCCUCCUCUCUCCCUAAAAAAGUCAGAAGCCAAACUGAGGGAGUAUACUUAGAAGGCGAAGCUUGUCCCUACUGCCUACCAAUAAUGUAGACCAAGAUCAUGAACAAAAAAAUAGCAACUGCUGGGAGUUCUACUUUUCUGUUACGCUUGGAUAUUCUGAUCUACAGGGGAGGUUGAACAUGAACCCCUUGUUCAGCUUGACAACCUGGGAUGCACUCUUUUACAGUAACCUGGCUGACACCAAGUCACUGCAUCGUACCCGCUAAAUAAGAUUGUAAAGGGAGGUGAGUGGGAGGGGAAAAGAGCAACUUCCUCAUACAGACGAUCUAAAUAAAUAUCCUCCUCAGAGACCGAUGCAAACGUAUACACUGACACAUGAGAUGAGUAGGCUCUCUGGCUCAACACUAUUAUACAAGGUGUUUUCACACACACCAUCUUAGCUCAUGUUCUUCUCUUUUUCCUCCUGUUCCGUGGAUUUAACUUGAGUUUUUUCAUGUUUCUUUUGGCUUCAUUUUUGGUACGUUCCAUCCUGGAGUCAUGGAUGGAGGAGGGUAGCGCAAGGGGGUUGAGCGCUCAGGCCAGGCAAGGUCUUUUGGCUGUCCAGGGGCUUUUAAGAUGUUGAGCUCUCCCUGCGUGGCCGGGGCCCCUGUUCGGAUCAGUAGCACUGAGGCUCCUUGCGGCCAGAGACAUGGACCCCGACUCGGCUCCCCCCCGCCCCUGCCCUCAGCCUCAGCCCGCCAGCCCCUGGCCCCAAGUCGCCCUGUGAAGGAUGUCCCUCAGCAGAGCUCCGGCCCGGGACACCUCUGAAACCCCCAGCCAGACCCCCAGAGAACGGAUCCGCAGCCACAUGAAGAUGGUGAUCAACCAGCUGGACGGCAUUCUCAAAGAGCUCAAGGAUGUGGCCAAGGAACUCCGGGAGGUGGUGGGUCAGAUAGACAAGCUGACGUCAGACUUUGACUUUGACCUGGAGCUGGAUGACUGGACAGUGGCCACAGCGAGUAGCACGUCCAGCAGCGAGAGGGGCCUGGGAGAGGCCUUCAGGCUGGACUUCCUCAAUCCUGACGUGCUCUCAGACAGCUGGGAGUUCUGCAGCUAUCUGGAGGCCUCCGUCGCUGCAGCAAACGCCGCCCACAAAGCAGCGCCAACAGAGCAGCCCACGGAUGCAGGGCUGGAGCCGGGGGCGGGGCGUGGGUGCAUCCCUACCCAGACCCAGACCCCAACCCCACCCCCCACAACCGCCUCAGCCUACUCCCAAAUGAAUGGGGGGCUGCCCAUCCCUAACGGACCUCUCAUAGUCACCCCAGACUCAUCCAGUGCCAGCGAAGAGGCCACCAGCUCCACACACAGCCACAAGACCUCUCGCACGUCUGGCACCAGAGAGAGAGUCCGCUUCAGUGACAAGAUUCUAUACCACGCCCUGUGCUGUGAUGAUGACGAGGAGGAUGAAGAGGAGGGAGAUGAGGAGAAGGGCGGCUGUGCGACCCCAGACACUGACGACAGUGAGCCCAGUCCUAGUCAAGCCGGCUCGCCCACACCACCGCUCUCCUCCUCAGAGCACUCCGUCCUCCAUAACUGUCUGGACCCUUCUUAUGUCUCGUUCCCAGUGAACGUGGCAGCGGGGACUCACACGCUGCCCAGAAAGGGUCUUCUCAAUCCCGCGAGCUGCCGGAAAAAACUGCUACGGAACAGCAGCACACAGACUGUUUCAGAUAAAAGCACCCAAACUGUACUGCCCUAUAUUCCAGCCAAACAGAAAACAAAGGACCACUGAGAAACAGUAACUUUACAACAACAGAACUAAUGAAAAAGGACUGUGUACUAUUUAAUAUUAAAUACAUAGAUCAUAGAUUAAUACACAAAUAAAUAAAUCAAUACAUAUUAAUUACUAAAUAAAUACAUGAUAUGGGAAAUUACUCGACUACCUAAAGUCAUUCUGAGGCUCAGGGAAAUAAAUGAUAAAGGCAAUUUCUUAUGGCAGUAACAGAGAGAAAAGGGAUAUUGACGGACCAAAAGGCUAGUGCCUGCUAAUGUUAAGAAAUGGACCGAAAGGAUUCCCUAUUUCUAACCAUUUGCAACACUUAUUGAGAUUACUAAAGCAAUCUUUUUUCUAGGAAGUUGAAAUUGUUCUGAAAUCGGAAAGUAAAUGUGAAGAGGUCGUUUCCCUCCUCGUACACCAGUAUAAAUCACGAGAAAAUAUCAUGCUUGUUCUUUACGAUGUGGUUAAAAAACACUGCACAUUCUGUACACUGAGAAUCUGUAUAAACAUUGUCUUUUUCAUCUUCCAAUUAUUUCAAAUGUCAAGGGGGUUCCUGGUGUAACAACGGGGAGUGUAUCUAGAUGCACAAGUCAAGCCUUCUUC